AUGGGUGGAGCAACCUCAACCCCGCAGGCGACAACUACCCCAAACGUCACAUCGAUCACUCUAUCCCCCGAAGAGCUCGAAAGCAAGACCUUAACCUCCCACCAUCUGCAAAAUGCCCUCGAGGCUUUGCAUCGUGACGGAGUCCUCGUCCUGGACAAUGCUAUCUCGAAGGCACAUUUAGAUGUGCUAAACGAACGGAUGGUUCCAGAGGCAAAGACACUGUAUGCUCGCACAGAAACACAUCACAACUUUGGAAAUGGGACGGGCAAUAUACAACAGGAUGCUGUGGUUGACAAGGACUAUGUGUUCGAUGACAUAAUUGCGAAUCCUUUUGCAAUAGCAGUCACGGAAUGUAUGCUGGGGCCGAAGCCUCGUCUGAGAUUUCAGAGCGCGAAUACAGCUUUCAAGGCGGAGAAGAGACAGCCUGUACACGUUGAUGUGCAUUUUGAUUUUCCAAAGAUGCCGUUUGGAUUCUGCAUCAACAUCAACCUGAUUGAUGUUGAUCCUGAACACGGAUCCACGGAGAUCUGGCUUGGAUCUCACUUGGAUACGAGUUGGCAGGCAGAAGUUGAGAAGAGUGGCAGUGUCAUACCAGUUGCGAUGUUGGAGAGAAGAAAGAAGAUCAGUCCACCUGUGCAGCCAGUGCUUCCGAAAGGAAGUCUGAUUAUCAGGGACCUAAGACUCUGGCAUGCGGGUAUGCCAAACAAGACAGAUGAUGUGAGGGUCAUGCUUGUCACAAUUCAUUUCCCGGCAUGGUACAGGACGGAGCAGAAAGUUUUGUUGCCAGAGAGUUUGAAGGACAAGAUCGAGUGGGGGAACUUGGUGCCAUGUGUUGACUGGGUUCCCGAUGGAUACGAUUAUCUUCAGGGCCAGCACGACCAUGAUUUCGACUUGCUUCCUUAG